AUAAGACUGUGAGAUCUGCAGUUCAGCAUCACUGUAUUGAGCUGCUGAAGAGAGAAUCUCCCUGAGUUUGAUCUGAAGCAGCAGGUGCCGUUCGUCAUAAUGAGGUUUCUAAUCUCACUGUGUGUGUCACUGCUGCUGCUGAUUAAUGGUGAAAUAACCAAUGGACAAACAACAGAAACUACAACUUCCAUCUCUGAUCCAUGCUAUGAUUAUAACACUCUUGAUGAAUACUGGAGAGACAUACAGCAAAGCCAGUACUCUGGACGUGAUGACACCCUUGUUGAAUGGAGUGGCUGGUAUCGGCUCUAUUUGAAUGGAGAAAGUGCCCAGAUGUCUGAGUGGUGUGUGAGUUAUAUGCAAUGUGGUGGUGAAACUGGACUGUAUCUCAAUGGUUCUCAUCCAACACUUGAGGAUGGAGUGGUGACCCUUGAAGUCGUGGGAGCUCAUUCAUGGUGGUUGUAUGGGUAUUCCCAUCAGUGUGGCGCCUACAGAUCCACGUCCAUCCGAGUCAAAGCCUGUCCAGGAGAUUAUUAUGUCUACGAAUUUGUCAAACCCAACACAUCAGUCCCUAGACCUAGAUAUUGUGCAGUUGCUUUCAAAAGCAUCAGCAGUGAUCCCUGCUACAACUAUGAGUCUCUGGACCGUCCCUGGAGAGCCAACAAUGAAAGUGGAGCUCACUUUUGUGAUUACUCUUUCUCCUGGAGUGGCUGGUACCGACUUUUCUACAAUGGGAUGGACAUCCGGAUGCCAGAGACCUGUGUUAGUUCAUUCAGCUGUAACACAUACUAUAAUCUGUGGCUCAAUGAUCCUCACCCUCAGAUAGAGGAUGGAGUGGUGAUAAGGGAUGUCUGUGGUAGUUAUCAUUGGGGAGGCUGCUGUGAAUUCAACUCAAAACCCAUCAGAGUGAAAGCGUGUCCAGGCAAUUAUUAUGUCUAUGAACUUGUGAAUCCACAAUUCCUGUGUGCUGGAUACUGCACAGAUGUCAGCACGAUUUCACAGGUGGUUUCCACUGCAAGUCCAGACAUAAUCACUGUAUCCAGCAUCAUCUUGAAUUAUGACCCAUGCAAUAACUACAACAUACUAGAUAACUACUGGAGAAGCACACUCAAUUACUGGUCUAUGUAUGGAUACAUAUCUGAUCAUGAUGACACUCGUGUAGAAUGGGAUGGCUGGUAUCGACUCUUCAUUGAUGGAUCAAGUGCUCAGAUGCCUGAGUGGUGUAUGUCUUACAUGUCAUGUGGAGGUUUUAGUUCUCUGUAUCUUGGUAGUUCUCAUCCUCGGAUAGAAGAUGGAGUUGUUACUCGUGAAAUUUACGGCUCUCGCGAAUAUCAGUGCAGUCACUACAGCUCCGAACCAAUCCAAGUCAAAGCUUGUCCUGGAAAUUAUUAUGUCUACAAAUUUACCAGGCCAAGGAUUUCAAUCCCAGCUCCUGUAUAUUGUGCAGUACCUUUUUCCACUCCAAGUGUCGACCCCUGCUACAACUAUACCAGUCUGGAUGAGCCUUGGAGAGCCACUGACAACUAUACUGACUAUUAUAACUAUAGAUGUGAUUAUAAUGUGGCGUGGAAUGGCUGGUACCGGCUGUUCUACAAUGGUGAAAAUACUCACAUGCCAGAAUCAUGUGUUAAUUAUGGCAGGUGUGGCACUUAUUAUCCACUGUGGCUCAACGGCACUCACCCACAGCUGGAAGAUGGAGUGGUCACCCGUCGGGUUUGUGCUUCAGUGUGGAGUGACUGCUGUUUAUAUAAAUCCCACCCUAUAAGAGUCAAAGCCUGUCCAGGAGAUUACUAUGUUUAUGAGUUUGUCAAGCCAAUAGUUUGCGGGGCUUACUGUGUAGAAUCUACAAACCAGUCCAUCCCACCAGAAUCUACAACAGAGACAAUCCCAUCCAUAGAAUCCAUUACUCCACCAAUCACAACCACUGCUCCCCCUGUUGACCCCUGCAACAACUACUAUGUCCUGGAUGAUCCAUGGAGAGCCACCAACAAUCAAUAUUCUUCUGAGAUAAUGUGUGACACUGCAGUCAGCUGGGACGGCUGGUACCGUCUCUUCAUUGAGGGUCAGAGUGUUCAGAUGCCAGACACAUGUGUUUAUGAAUAUAGUUGUGGCACUUAUGCUCCACUGUGGCUGAACGGAGGACAUCCAACAGUUGAGGAUGGAGUGGUCACUCGAGAUGUCUGCGGUCACUGGGACAAUAACUGCUGCUAUUUCCAAUCUAAUCCCAUUAAAGUCAAAGCCUGUCCAGGAGGAUAUUUUGUCUACGAGUUUGUGAGACCAACUACAUGCAGUUUGGCAUACUGUGCAGAUGUAAGCAACAUAAACGGUACCUAUACUACUGUCAUUCCAGAGACAACCACAAUCGAAACAACCUCAGAAACUACAGUCGAAACCACAACCACAAUCUUUGAAGAAAAUCCUUGUUCUGAACUCAACUGCUCUGAGAACGAAAGGUGUGGGAGGAAAAAUGGUGUUUAUGGCUGUUUAUGUAAAAAGGACCCUAACAGAUCACCACCACAUUCUGACUCAUUUGAUUUCUCAGAAACCUGUGAAAGCAGCUCUGGCUUCAUGUCUGUGUCUCGCUGUCAGCUCUUUGAGGCUGGUUUUCCAGCUGACGUCUUACACCUCAAUGAUCCCAACUGCAAAGGAACAGUCCGGAAUGGCAGAGUGGAAUUCCAUUUUGAUAAUGAUGAACACAUCUGUGGUACAAAUCUUGUGGCUAAUGGCACUCACUUCAUCUAUGAUAACUUUAUUCUGGGGACACCGAGGUCAGAAGGUCUCAUCAGCAGACAGAAGAUCCUGAAGCUUUCUUUCAGCUGUGUUUAUCCUCAAACACAAACAUUUUCCAUGAAUGUGGAAAUCAACCCACUGGAGAGUGUUGUGCACAAGACUCUUCCCGCUGGUGAAGGCAGAUAUCAGGUUCGGAUGAUUCCAUAUGAGGAUGAUGAGUUUACCCGGCCCUUCACUGGUACAGUGGAUGCAGAACUCGACCAGGAGAUGCAUGUGGAAGUUCGUGUUGAGGGGGUCGACAGCCGCCAGUUUGCCCUGGUGAUGGACACGUGUUGGGCUACACCUGUCAAUGACCCUGAUUACAGCCUCCGCUGGGAUCUCAUUGUUAACGAGUGUCCCAAUCCAAAUGACGACACAGUGGAGUUGCUGCAGAAUGGCCUCUCGACAUCCAGCCGUUUCUCCUUCAGGAUGUUUAUCUUCACUGCAAACUCCACUAAGCUUUACCUGCACUGUGCUGUUCACCUUUGCCUUCUGUCAAGCAACCGCUGCUCAACGGACUGUAACUCCAGACAUUAUCACCGAGAGAGCAGGUCUCUGGACUUCCAUGACAGUGCUUCCAUAUCCAUGGGUCCUCUGAUGUUGUCUGAAGGGAACACAGAUAAGUGGGUCCCAGACCAAGUGAGGGUCUCUGAGGCUUCUUGUCUGUGUGCUUCUCUGAUGCUGUUACUUGUUCCUCUGAUGAGUGUCCUGAUACAACUUUAGUUUCUUUCCACAGAAAAUAUAUAACAUUUUAUUUACAUGCAUAUUAUAUAAUGCUUAUAACGUAUGUGGAACUGAUGCCACUUUGGUUUUGGGCUUCUGAUUGAUUCCUUAUUUUCUGUAGCCUUUGUCUAUUUACCUAAAAUCAUUAAUUACUUACAUGAACACUUGAGUUCUGUUUACUUAAUUAAUUAAUUAUGUGCUACACAAAACAAUCAGAGUCAUGUUUAUUCAAAUCAUGCAAAGCAUUAAAAGGGUCAUUUAUGUUCUCUGGUUUCUUUCAGUUCUAUAACAUUUAUAAAAUGAAUGCACUCAAAAAGAAAAUAAUAAAAAUUAUGUCCAGUCUUAAGGUUUAUGUAUUUUAA